GUCAGAUUUUCUGCUUAAUCAGCGCUCUCGCUGGCAGGUCGCGAUCAAUCGUUUCUCUCCGCUCCGUCGAUGCUGGUCGUGCUGGUGAAAAAGCGCACUACAAUUUCGCCCCGUCUCGUACGGCAGAGAAGUAGCUAAUUGUGCGUGGAAAAGUAUACUAAACCAAUCCGAUUGACGUCCGAUUCGACCGGUAAACGGUGCGCGGUGGACGCUUUCCCCCAGCGCGUCUUCCACAGUGGGAUCGCGAAAACCCAGAAACCCCCCAACCCAGAACGACACGCACACACAAAAUGCCUUCACCCAGUGGGAACACCAAAACGGCCACCGCCACCCCAACAAACGGUGGUGGUGGUGCCCUAUCGGAGGAAGCCCUGGCAGCCAUCUCGGUCGUGCGGGCCCUUGUGGCCUCGCGCAAAGAAACGUCCAACGUGCUGAGCGUGCUGCGCGACUACCGACAGCUCGAGGGCGAUCCGCUGCCCUACCGAAAGUUUGGUUUCUCCACCGUUGAGGAGUUUCUGCUCGCGAGCGGCGAGUUUCUGAUCAAGGCGAGCGCGGGCGAAUCGACGCGCAUCUACAUCAAGCCGAACCGCGACUCGGCCCACAUCCAGAACAUGGUGGCGGCCCAGAAAACGACCAAGAGCGGCGGCUCGGGCAAGAAGUCGAGCUUUGUCGCGCUGCGCCAACCGACCGGACCGUGGAGUGCGAAGGGUUUCGCCAGUCCGACGACCGCGUACAGCCGCAUCUACCAGCAGAUGUCGGGCGGGGGGCGCACGACAAACAGUGGCAGCGGCUACUCGCCCAAGAAGUCGGUCACGUUCGGGGCGGUGCCCCAGCAGCAGCAGCAGCAAUCGCCGAAAGGGUUCCGGUCCCAGGGUUUUUGGACGACGAACAGUGGUGGAGGUGGUCAGCAGCAAGCACAGGGACAGCAGUUGCGGGCAAUUACCAAGAGCAAAGCGACUGCUUCGACCCAGCAGAACGCGCAGCGCAAUGGAAACUCAGCCUCGCCCGAGGCGAACAAUAACAGCCGCUCGACGAAGAAUUACAAUCUCAAUGGAGGCGGACAGCAGCAGCUUUCUUCCAACGAUUUACGACACAGGCUGAACGAGCGGAACAGCACGCUCAGCCGCUCGUCGGUCGAGAUGCGCCAGGCGGCCAAAGCGCUCGCAACCGUUUCCUCCAACGUGGUCGGGGUGGGUAAUGCCGUCCGGCAGAGUGGUGGUACUACUGCACGAAAGCAGCUACCGUUUAGCGUCGAAGACAAAAGCGCUAAAAAGCCACAGCAGCAGCAGCAACAACAGCAACUGGGAUCGAAUGCACGAAAUGCAUCGCAAGCGAAGGAAGCUGCCGCUCGCAACGGUGGUAGUAACAGGCUGAACGUCGUGUUGUCCGGAUCCGGUCGGGUGGUUUCGUUGCCAAUGCCGCCCGCCCCGCUGCCGCUGAUGUCGAUCGCGGUCCCGCCACCGAUCACCACCGCUCCAGCGAAAAGUGUAAACUCAAGACUGAACGUGGCGAAGGCAGCAGUGCCGGGAGAGGGCAGCAGUGCACCCACCACUCCUGCGUUCGCACCAGCACCCGCACGAGCACCUGCUGCUGCUGCUCCGGCCUACCAGCGGGCGAAAUCACUGGAUGAACGGACGUCCACUGCCGUCACCGCCGCCUAUCCCUACCAGGGCGCUCGUGUACCGCCCAAUGCGAUGCCUUACAUCGAGCCGCCCAAACUGCCCACCCUGCCGGGCAAGAAGUCGCUCCAGGAUCGGCUAAAGAUCAACCAGGAGGUGGCGGACGAGGAUCUGGAGAAGGUGGCCAAACUGCAGACCUCUCCUCCAAUCGUCACCGAAUCGACACCGCCAAUGGAAUCGAAACUACCGUCCAAAACAACAACCCUUCCAAGCGGUACCAGCUUCUACCCCACUAACGGCUCAUCCUACACCGCAUCGGGCAUGGUGAAUGGAGCCGCAACGGGUGGCGUGUUCACCUGGGACGACCCGAACGCUACGCCGGUCGAGAUACUGAUGCGGUAUAGCCAGCACAAAGGCUUUGCAAGGCCGGAGUACGGUUACUACAAGCUGAAGAGCGGCCGCUACCAGUGCCUGGUGACGGUGAACGGUUCCUCCUACUCGACCUACCCGGAAGACUUUGUCAGCCAGUUCGAGGGCCAGUUUGCGGCGGCGAUGAACGCGAUCGAGGCGAUCCGGCGCGACGAAUCGCGCCAGCUGUACAGCAAGUGUUUGGACUCGGACCGCGACAUUGCGCACCACAUCCAUGGGCUGCUGGCGAGCUGCCCGCACGGCAUGUUCAGCAAGAACAUCCCGAACGCAUUCCAGGAGACGCACCGGGCGCUGCUGCCGGACCACUGGUUCGCGAUCAUCGACCAGUACGCGAACCAGCUGUUCGUGCUGGAGGACGGCCCGAACGGGGACUGGAUUGUGUACGCGCGGGAGCAACCGUCCGGGUCGGACGUGGAGUCGAACACGUCCGAGGCGUGCCAGAUGGCGGUAAAUCAGCUGACGCUGCCGUGGGACGACCAGUACUGGAAUCUGUACGUCACGAAUCCGGUCUCGACGGUGGAGGUUUGGGCGCGGCUCGUCGGCAAGGAGUAUAGCGACAAGAUGGACUCGCUCAUUACCGACAUCGAAAUGUCGAUGAUGACGAACCAGGCGAGCGCGAAAAAGGACGUGGCAGCCGCGGUCGGCGAGUACUAUCUCGUCUCGAUCAGCGACUGCUGGUUCCGGGUGCGCGUGGUCGAGAUCAACUACGAGACGAACCAGUGCCAGUGCUUCUUCAUCGACAUCGGCGACAGCGAGCAGCUGGCCCUGGAUCAGCUGUACCGCUGCGAGCCGCAGUACCUGGACCUGCCCGCCCAGGCCAUCUGCUUCACGCUCGAGGGGCUGGAAGACUUUAGCGAAAACCCGACCGCCAAACACAUCCUCGGCCAGCGCAUCAACCAUCGCGUGCUGAUCGGGAUGAUACUGUCGAAGCGGGAGGAAUACGAGCAGGCCGAGCAGCGGGACGGCAUUGGGUCGAGCUCGCUGAAGGUCGUGCUGUACGAUACGUCGUCGGCGGAGGAUGAGGUGGUGAAUCCGAUACUGCUGCAGCAGAUCUGCAAGAGCAUGCCGGUGCCGGAGCUGAACCGGAAGUCGGUCAACUACGUAAGCAUUACGUACGUGGACGACCAGGGUGACGUGUACUGUCAGAAGGACGGUGCGAUGAACUACAUACAGAAACUGAUCACCAAUCUGACACAAUCGGACGCACUGGAGGACCAGCACCGUGGCCUGUACAACACCAAAGCGUCCGACCAGCAGCAGCUCUACCUGGUGCAGGACGAAACCGACGGCAAAUGGUACCGUGCGGUGCGGGAGGCGGAAGAGUCCGGCCCGUACUGCCGCAUGCACUAUGUCGACAUCGGGUGCCGGCGGCGAGCGAACGUGCAAAACAUCUAUCGGCUCGAUUCGCUCAGCCUCGGGCUGCGCAGCUACCCGCCGCAAGCCAUCCGGAUGCGCAUGUACGAGCUGCCGGGCUGUGCCGAUCCGCAGGUGCUGUCCCGCCUGCGCGCCUUCCUGAAGCCGGCCGUCCCGGCGAUGGCGAAGGUGUUCUCGAUGGCGUCCGCCAUCCUGCCGCUGGUGAAGCUGUACGUGCACGUGUCGGACCGCGAAGCCGGCAACAACAUACUGGUGUGCGUGAACGAAGCGAUCAAGAUCGAGAAGGAGCUCGAGAUGGGCUCGGAACGCAUCAGCCUUUCGCCGCGCGUCGGUUUCGGCGAGGAUGGGGGGCCCGGUUCGGUGAACAAUUCGGGCUCGGACACGACCACCGUUUCGCAGUCGACGGGGACCAGCUACUCGAUGAGCAGCUCGGAUGGCAAAGAGCUGGCGAGCCGGUUUGAUGCGUUGCACCUCAGCAAGGGUGCGGCGGAUGCGAAAAAGAACACCACGCCAACGACAACCACCGCCGGUUCGAAAGCAAUCGCAAAGCUGGCGAAAAUAACGCUCCCCGCCGUCGGGCAGGUGUUUAACGUGAAGGUGACGAUCGCCAACAAUCCGAAGUUUUUCUUCGUCCAGCCGUACGCUUACCUGGAGCAGCUGGACACGCUGAUGCGCGAACUGCAGGACUUUUGCAUGACGAAAGCCCAACCGGUUCGGAAGGAUCAGGUCCGGCCGGGCGAAGCGUACGCGGCCGUCAACAAUCUCGGCCACUGGUACCGUGCCCUGGUGGUGAACAUUAACCCGUUUGGACCGACGCCGAUCCACGCCUACUUUUGUGAUUUCGGACAGGUGCAGCAGCUCGAUGCCGGUGCACUGCGUGUACUGCCGCCCGAGUUUCGCGUACUGCCACAGCAGGCCAUUAAAGCCAAGCUUUACGGUGUAAAACCGCUGCACCACGAUUGGACCAUAUCGGACGCGAUGCGGUUCAAGGAGCUGACCGCUGACAGCAACUUUGCCAGCAUCGUGCGCAGCAUCCAGCCGGACGAGCUCAAUCCGCAGGAGCAACUGAUCGAGCUCGAGCUGAUCGACGUGUCCGGGGAGGACGAUAUAGUGCUGCAUAAAAUACUCGUGGACGAGGGCAGGGCCGUUUAUGCGGCCGAAGCGCACACCGUCUAGAGACGGGAAAAUCUCGACUCCCACCCCCCCAAGCAGGGGUCGUUUGUUGUUGAAGUUGUUUAUCCUUCCCCAUUUUCCCUUUUUUAGAUGUUAAACGAACGAGAAUAUUUAUUGCGUGUGUGUGUGCGUGCGUGAGCGUUGCUAUGCCAACGCCUUCGAACACACACUCACUCACACACUAUGGGAACACAUAUUUAAUUCGCACCGAGAUUUAAAAAUACUUAACGCAUGAUGGAAAAAGGCUUUCGCGCAUAGGAGGGAAGCACCGGCAAGCAUGAAAUAUGCUUGGCAUGAAGCAACGAGAACAGUUGCAGGAUGUUGUUUUUGAUCGUAUUGAUAAGUAGCAUUCCAUUGUAAUGAAUUAUUAUUAUCCUUGAUUGAUUCAAAAGGAACUGGAAGAGAUUUAUUAGCGAAAACCGCAGCAGACUACAGAAACGGAAAAUGUCGCUGCAUUUUGCGUACGAAGAUGCGCAGCAGCCGAAUUGUGCAGACAGAAUUGCACGUCAGAUACAAUUAUGGUUUUAUAAAUGGAACUUCCAACUAACAUCUCUUGGCGUAGCAAGAGACCCUUUUCCCAGAUGAUUGUAUGGAACGGACAAUAACAAUACAAGCUAGAAAUGAUGCUAACGGGAAACGGUCGUUUGCUUUUGGUAUUGAAACGCUGUCUGUUUUCUCAUAUUUAUUUACAUCUCUUUCCAAUGGUUAUGAACCGUUUUGUUCUCUCCUUUUCCCCCCUCAUUUUUAUUAGCUAGAACUACACUCAAUCGAAAGGUAGUGCGAGAAGUGGAUGGAGAACGCACGUGUAAUUUACGCUGAAUUUACGUAUUUGAUCGUAACGAAUGUACUCGAUUUUUACUUGAAUUAAAGAAACAAACAAUCAAAACGCCUGCAGAGUUUGGCGUUUGGCCAGCUAUAUAAUGUCGGUGAAGGAGGAGGAUGAGGAGGAGAAGGGAGUGAGUGAGCGCGAUCUAUUUACUACUAAGAAUUUGAAACGAAAAUUGCCAAAAUUUUGUCUCCUAAAUCUUGCGCUUUCCAUAUACUUCUUUUUUUUUGUUAUACACCAAUAACCUUAUAUGAUACACAAAACGAUAAACACCUUUUCAUUUAGCAAUUAAAGAGAAGGAUUAUAUUUUAACGUAUUUUGCCAAUUGUGGAAUUAUGAAACGUGGGAAAAACGCGUUGGAAAGCAUUGAAUAUUAAGUAGAUAGGUGGCAAUAACUUGCUCGCGCCGGUUUUUUAGCUAUUGCGGAAAUGAAAACAUAAAAACGAUGAUAAGAAAAGUUUGUUGAGAUAAUAAAAGGAGUUCACAAACACUGCAGUGCUUCCUCUGCCGGUUGGCAAUAAUGGACGAUGAGUAGAAAAAGGGUCCAAAUUUUGAAUGGAUUGGGCUAAUGCCAGGAGCUACUAAAGAAAGAGAGAGAGAGAGAGAGGGAGAGAAAGAGAAGGGAACAUUAAACAAGUCAUAGACUUGUUGUUGACUUGUGAUUGUGAUAAACGAAACCGCUGAAACCUUAUGAUAUAUGCCUUGAAAUGUGCAGCUCGAGCUAUAUAUAUAUAUAUACAUAUAGAUACAUAUACAAUUUAUAUACAAACACAACAGAGAAGCUAACCUACGGAAAACUGUUUGCCAAUUUAUGUUCAUUUUUUACAUAUAUAUGAUUUAUAUAUAUAUAGAAAAGGAAGAACACUUAUUUAUGUGUAUUAGCAGUGUGUUGAAUUGUGAUAAGGAGGAAAAUAUGUGUUUUUUAAAUACAAACGAGCCUGCCUUUGUUUGUGCGCGCUUCCAUCUCCUCCAAGCGGGAAAAGGGUAAAUAGGAAGCUAAAAAUGCUUGUUUUUCUUUUUGGCGUUGUGCCUUCCAGUUUUAUAAGAGAGAGGGAGAGAGAGAUAGAGAGAGAGGGCGUUUUUAUAAAAGGUUGCGAUUUGAUUGUUGCUUUUUCGUUGCCUCUUUUUUAUAUGAAUGAGUCGCAUGAGUGAUGAACCAUUGCACGCUUUUGUCGGUUGAAUCUUCCGUUUUUAUAGUAACUUUUUUAUAUUUUUACUUGUUUAGUAAACUCGAAAGUAAACGUCAAUACCACAAUAGAGGCAUAAAUCGGCAAAUGUUAGUGUAAUUAUCUUUUUUGUUCUGGUUUUGAGGAGGUUUUCAUAUAUCUGCUUUAUGCUUUUAUAUUGCACGGUAUACAUAUAUACUCUCUAACAAACUAAACGGAGUAGUUACACUAUAUUUUAAUAGUUUUAAAACAAAACACAAAACUUAUUAUUCGUGCUUUCUUAUACACAUUAAACCGAGAGCGAGAGGGAGAGAGAGAGAAAAAGAACCUCCAACAUCAGUAUCGCAGACACUAAAAACGAUAUAGAUUUCAUGUUUUACAUACAGGUAUCUCACAGUUAUAUAGUGCGCAAAUAUUAUGCAACUCUGAAAAUCAAUCAACAGCAAAAGCAAAAAAGAGCAACGAGAAACAAUAACGGAUGGGAGAACCAUUUAUAUUAUUUACCCUUUCUAGACGGAAAUGCCCGCAUAUAUUAUGUGCCUUAAUCUAGCAGCAGCAGCAUGCGAAACCUAUCAAUCGAACGAAUCCCAAUAUACACACGAGAACGAACUUUACAAAAAAAGAGUAAAAAAAAAACAAAAUAUGA